CAAGUCAGGCGGCCAAUGGGCACUCGGCUCUCUGCCUCGCUGGUUCGCUGGCGCUCGCUUUCUCUGUCUGAGGGUCCGAUUCCGUGUCUGUCUACUGCGCUCUCCUCCGGUCUGAGGAGAUGUUAUUUCUCCUGUUUCCUCUUUGAGGGCCCAAAAUUCUUCUGGAAGAGGCCUGUGCCUUGGUUCCCAGGGGCCAUGAGGAAGCCUCGUCGGAAGUCGCGGCAGAACGCCGAAGGCCGGCGUUCCCCAUCCCCCUACAGUCUCAAGUGCUCACCCACCCGGGAGACCCUGACAUAUGCUCAGGCCCAGCGGAUUGUUGAGGUGGACAUUGAUGGACGCCUGCAUCGUAUCAGCAUCUAUGAUCCACUCAAAAUUAUCACUGAGGAUGAGCUAACUGCCCAGGAUAUCACUGAGUGCAAUAGUAACAAGGAAAAUAGUGAGCAGCCUCAGUUUCCCGGCAAGUCCAAGAAACCCUCGUCCAAGGGCAAAAAGAAGGAGUCCUGCUCCAAGCAUGCAUCUGGAACCUCUUUCCACCUCCCACAGCCCAGCUUCCGCGUUGUGGACCCUGGCAGCCAGCCAGAAGCACCCCCACUGCCUGCAGCCUACUACCGAUACAUUGAAAAGCCUCCUGAGGACCUGGAUGCAGAGGUAGAGUACGACAUGGAUGAGGAAGACCUCGCCUGGCUAGACAUGGUGAAUGAGAAGCGGCGAGUAGAUGGACACGGUUCGGUGUCAGCCGACACAUUUGAGCUGCUGGUGGACCGCCUCGAGAAGGAGUCGUACUUGGAGAGUCGCAGCAGUGGGGCCCAGCAGUCCCUCAUUGACGAAGACGCCUUCUGCUGUGUGUGCCUGGACGAUGAAUGCCACAAUAGCAAUGUCAUCCUCUUCUGUGACAUCUGCAACCUGGCCGUACACCAGGAGUGCUAUGGUGUCCCCUACAUCCCCGAGGGCCAGUGGUUAUGCCGCUGCUGCCUGCAGUCCCCCUCCCGGCCCGUGGAUUGCGUUCUCUGUCCCAACAAAGGGGGCGCCUUCAAACAGACCAGCGACGGGCACUGGGCCCACGUGGUAUGUGCCAUCUGGAUCCCUGAGGUCUGCUUUGCUAACACUGUGUUCCUGGAGCCCAUCGAGGGCAUCGACAACAUCCCGCCGGCCCGCUGGAAACUAACCUGCUACAUCUGCAAGCAGAAGGGGCUGGGUGCAGCCAUCCAGUGCCAUAAAGUGAACUGCUACACAGCCUUCCAUGUGACAUGCGCACAGCGAGCUGGGCUCUUCAUGAAGAUUGAGCCCAUGAGAGAAACCAGCCUCAACGGCACCAUUUUCACAGUGCGCAAGACUGCCUACUGUGAGGCCCACUCGCCGCCAGGUGCGGCCACUGUGAAGAGAAAGGGUGACUCCCCCAGAAGCCUCAGUGAGGCUGGGGAUGAGGAGGGGCUGAAGGAGGGUGGUGGGGAGGAAGAAGAGGAGGAAGAAAUGGUGGAGCAAGAGCAGGAAGGCCAAGGCCAGGGGGUGGGCGGCCCUCUCAAAGGAGCGCCCAAGAAGAAUAAGGCAAAUCUGAAGCAAAAGAUCAAGAAGGAGCCCGAUGAAGUGGGCCGAGACACACCCUCCACUGUCCCCAUGGUCACUGUCCCACAGAUACCCUCCUACAGGUUGAACAAGAUCUGUAGUGGUCUCUCCUUUCAGAGGAAAAACCAGUUCAUGCAGCGGCUUCACAACUACUGGCUGCUGAAACGGCAGGCGCGGAAUGGUGUCCCCCUCAUCCGGCGCCUGCACUCCCACCUCCAGUCCCAAAGAAACGCCGAGCAGCGAGAACAAGAUGAGAAGACCAGUGCAGUGAAGGAAGAGCUGAAGUACUGGCAGAAGCUCCGGCACGACCUGGAGCGGGCGCGGCUGCUGAUUGAGCUGAUUCGGAAGAGGGAGAAGCUCAAGCGGGAGCAGGUCAAGAUCCAGCAGGCUGCCAUGGAGCUGGAGCUGAUGCCUUUCAACGUUCUGCUGAGGACGACACUGGACCUGCUGCAGGAGAAGGAUCCUGCACAUAUCUUCGCUGAACCUGUCAACCUCAGUGAGGUUCCAGAUUACCUGGAAUUCAUAUCCAAGCCAAUGGAUUUUUCUACCAUGAGGCGGAAGCUGGAGUCCCACCUGUACCGCACCUUGGAAGAGUUUGAGGAGGACUUUAACCUUAUAGUUACCAACUGCAUGAAGUAUAAUGCUAAAGACACAAUUUUCCACCGAGCAGCUGUCCGCCUGCGGGACCUGGGAGGGGCCAUCUUGCGGCAUGCCCGGCGGCAGGCAGAGAACAUUGGUUAUGACCCCGAGAGGGGCACCCACCUGCCCGAGUCACCCAAAUUGGAGGACUUUUACCGCUUCUCCUGGGAAGACGUGGACAACAUCCUCAUCCCAGAGAACCGGGCCCAUUUGUCCCCAGAGGUGCAGCUGAAGGAGCUGCUGGAGAAACUGGACCUGGUGAGUGCAAUGCGGUCUAGUGGGGCCCGUACCCGCCGUGUCCGCCUGCUGCGCCGGGAGAUCAACGCCCUUCGGCAGAAGCUGGCACAGCCACCACCACCACCACAGCCACCAUCACUGAAUAAGACGGUGUCCAAUGGGGAGCUGCCAGCAGGGCCCCAGGGAGAAGCAGCUGUGCCGGAGCAGGCCUUGCAGGAGGAACCAGAAGAUGAUGGGGACAGAGAUGACUCCAAAUUGCCUCCCCCACCAACCCUGGAGCCUACUGGGCCUGCACCUUCCUUGUCUGAACAAGAAUCCCCCCCAGACCCCCCAACUCUGAAACCCAUCAGUGAUAGCAAACCUCCAGGCCGAUUCCUAAAGCCCAGAAAGGUGGAAGAAGAUGAACUCUUGGAAAAAUCACCUCUGCAGCUAGGGAGCGAGCCCUUGCAACGCCUGCUCAGUGACAAUGGCAUCAAUAGACUAUCCCUCGUGGCCCCUGACACCCCUGCCGGUGUCCCGCUUAGUGGUGUGGGCCGCCGCACAUCAGUCCUCUUCAAGAAGGCCAAAAAUGGGGUGAAGCUACCGAGGAGCCCAGACGGGGCUCUGGAGAACGGCGAGGACCAUGGGAUGGCAGGCUCUCCCGCCUCUCCAGCCAGCAUGGAGGAUGAGCACCACUCCCGGAAGCGGCCGAGGAGCGGAAGCUGUAGUGAGAGCGAAGGGGAGCGGUCCCCCCAGCAGGAGGAAGAGACAGGCAUGACCAACGGCUUCAGCAAACACACUGAAAGCGGGUCUGACUCGGAAUGUAGUUUGGGUCUCAGUGGUGGACUGGCAUUUGAAGCUUGCAGUGGUCUGAUGCCCCCCAAACGCAGCCGUGGGAAGCCAGCCCUGUCUCGAGUGCCCUUCCUGGAAGGUGUGAACGGAGACUCUGACUACAAUGGCUCAGGCAGAAGCCUCCUGAUGCCCUUUGAAGACCGCGGAGACCUGGAACCCCUGGAGCUGGUGUGGGCCAAGUGCCGAGGCUAUCCUUCCUACCCUGCCUUGAUCAUCGACCCCAAGAUGCCCCGAGAGGGCCUCCUGCACAAUGGUGUCCCCAUCCCUGUGCCCCCGCUGGACGUGCUGAAGCUGGGAGAGCAGAAGCAGGCAGAGGCUGGAGAGAAGCUCUUCCUUGUCCUCUUCUUUGACAACAAGCGAACCUGGCAGUGGCUUCCAAGGGACAAAGUCCUACCUCUGGGUGUGGAAGACACUGUGGACAAGCUCAAGAUGCUGGAAGGCCGCAAGACCAGCAUCCGCAAGUCAGUGCAGGUGGCCUACGACCGCGCCAUGAUCCAUCUGAGCCGCGUCCGGGGGCCCCACUCCUUCGUCACCUCCAGCUACCUGUGAGGGCAGAGCUGGGCCUGCGUCUGCCUGCCCUGCCUCCAUCCAAGGGGCACAGGGAAGACUGUUCUGCCCCAGCCAAGUGUAUGGCCAGCAGCUUCCCCCUCUCGUGGCAGGCCAGGGACUGGGCUGUGUCCCCACCAAGGGCAAGGCCUCAGUUUCGACCAAUACAUGGUUCCCCUGGCAGGCCUGCUGUGUGCCAAAAACUCCUACCCAAGGUCCCUCGGGGAUAUUCCACUGAAGAACCAGUUAGAAGUAGAAAUGUGAGGGGCUGGGGCCCAGCCAAGGAAAUGGACCUGGCCCAGAAGACGAGCGGUCCUGGGUUCCUUGAGGGGCUGCUUGGCCCUCUUCAUCCCCUCCCAACUAACUGCACCUCAGGGCGGGCGAGGUUCUGACACUGAUCCCAGAGAUGCUGUGGACGCGCCAGGGUCCCACGGGGAAUCCCACUGAGCUCCCCUCUCCCCUCGUCACCCAUUCUUACACCUCUUCCCGUCCCAGCCUCUGCACCCAGGCACGGUGUCUUUUCCCACGUUCCUUUCCUUACUUUCACUCUUGUGCCAAACUGACAGGAACUGUCACCAAACUGGUCUUUUUCCUUUGAUGUCUCACUCCCUUUGAGGCCAGCUGCUCUGCCAGGUGCCUGUCUCUGCCGGGCUCCUCAGGGUCUAGGCAGAGUCCCACCCCGUGGCGCCUCCACCAGUGCGCCGCCUCUCAGACCUGUGCUGUGACGGCGCUGAGGCCCAGCUGUGCGCACACUCCGUGGGACGCACCCCUGGAUUGGGGCAGGGCCCUUCCCGUCUUCUCCCGGUCUUGCCUCGAGGUGGGCUGAGGUGGGUGUACCUGUCAGGCUGGGUGUGCAAGUAUCUGUGUGUCCACCUGGGUGCGGAAGGGCUUGGGUGGAGCCCGCCCAUCAGCUCGGCCCACUCCUCCUCCUCGAGGGCUUUCCUUUCUCUGCGCUGCGGUCCCAGCCCCCUCCAGCACCGUGGUCUGCACAGCAUCCUUCUGCCUGCGCUCUGCCCGCCCAGCUCUGCUGCUCCUGCUUCCCAACUCCGGGGACCGGGACCCUUCAUAUUUGAAGCGCUCUUUCUCUUCACCCCCCCACCCCCACCCACCUUCUCAGAAAUGGAAGGAUACAGAAACUGUGAACGGGGAAUGCUGACUGACAAAGCAGCACACCUCUCAGAGGCUUCGACGUCUGGUCCCUGGGCGUUUCUUUUCACCUCUUAAGCACCAAAGUCGCAGGGCCAGGUUGCAGGCCGCUGAUUGCCAUGUUGAUUUUUAACCUGAUGUUCUUUUUAAUUGUUUUAAAUUUUUCAUAGGGGAGUUUUGGACAAAAUGAAGUCACUGGGGAGAUCACUGCCAUUUUUACACACUCAACUUUUUAAAAAUACAACCAACCAACCACCACAACUUCUUAUACAUUUGGGACACGAGCCAGAGUUUAAAAGGGAACCAACAAAACUCUCUGUAACACAAAGGAUGGGGUUUUGGAUUUUGUACAAUAAUCAAAACGGAAUUCAGCAUAUGGCUAGGGAAGGACAUGGUGUAUAUAAUUGUAGAAUACUAUUCUAAAUUAUUCAGGCCUAUACUUUCCAUUGUUGGAGUCCUCCAUUGUGUGGCCACACUGUGUGGCUUAUUUACAGGAGCCAGUGCGUCCCCUCUCCCCAGGUAGUUGGUCAGCUGUGGACUCUGUGACCUUUGUCUAACCUGUGUUGUAAGAUCUCGGGACUUUCUCCCUCUUGCUCUCUCUCUGUCUAUCUCUUUCUCCCCCCAGCGCCUCCUCUUCUUAGUCUAUUUUUCAGUCUCUCUGACUCUCAGUCUCUCUCUCUGAGUCUCAUUUUUGAAAAUGCUCUUUCAGAACGGGCACGGCUCAGACCCUGCUGCGGGUGGGGCCUGCUGUCUCUGUCGCGUCUGCUGUGAAGCACAGGAUGCUCUAUUUAUUGUAGAAAGUGACUUUAUUUGCUUUCUAGAAUUGUUUAUAACAGAUGGUAUAAGAGAGGUAAUAAACAGAGAAAAAUCUAUGCCUGUAAAGAAUACAAGAGUUAAUUUUACCUACUAUAAUAAGACUGUCUGAAACUUAUUUUCUCUCGGAGAAAUAAAUGUUCUAAUGGGCA